AUGUGCAAGGUGACCGAUGGGUGGCCACAGUGUGUCCACGACCCGCCUUCCUGUAGUGACGUCCAAUGCCAGAAGGGAACCACGUGCCAGAUGGUUGAUGGUUGGCCACGGUGUGUCCACAGGAAGCCCUCCUGUGGUGAUGUCCACUGUCCCCAAGGGACCACGUGUAACAUGAUUGACGGCCAACCACGGUGUGUCCACAACCCGCCCUCCUGCCAGGACAUCAAGUGUCAGAAGGGAACCACGUGCCAGGUGGUUGAUGAUUGGCCACGGUGUGUUCCAAUCAAGGUGUCCUCAAGACCACCUUCUUGCAGGGACAUCGAGUGUCCCAAAGGGACCAUGUGCAAGAUGACCGAUGGGUGGCCUCACUGUGUCCACCACCAACCCUCCUGCGGUGACAUCCGAUGCCAGAAGGGAACCACGUGCCAGAUGGUGGAUGGUUGGCCACGGUGCAUCCAAACCAAGACCUCCAUUAGGAGACCAACUUGCAGUGACCUCCAGUGUCCCAAGGAGACCACGUGCAAGAUGACAGAUGAUUGGCCUCGAUGUGUCCACCACCAACCCUCCUGUCGUGACGUCCACUGUCCCAAGGGGACCACAUGCAACAUGGUCAACAGUUGGCCCCAGUGUGUCCCAAAUCGUCCCUCCUGCCUCGAUGUCCAAU